CGUGUCAUCAUCAGAGAAGACCCAAAGGAGGUGUCUGUGUACAUCGCCGACUAUAUCAUCAGCCGCAUCCAGUCGUUCAAGCCUACCGCCGAGCAACCUUUUGUGCUUGGCCUACCCACUGGUAGCAGUCCGGAAUUCAUCUACAAGAUCCUCGUGCAGCGUCAUCGCGCCGGCGAGAUCUCAUUCAAGAAUGUCGUGACUUUUAACAUGGAUGAAUACGUCGGUUUGCCCCGCGACCACCCAGAGUCCUACCACAGCUUCAUGUACAAGCACUUCUUCUCGCAUGUGGACAUCCCACCGCAGAAUAUCAAUAUCCUCGACGGCAACGCCACAGACUUGUCCGCGGAGUGUGCAGCCUUUGAAGCGCGCAUUGCCCGCUACGGCGGCAUCGAGCUGUUCCUAGGCGGCGUUGGACCAGACGGCCACAUCGCCUUCAACGAGCCCGGCUCAUCACUGACCAGCCGCACGCGCGUGAAGACUCUGGCCUACGACACCAUCCUCGCCAACUCACGCUUCUUCGACAAUGACACGAGCAAAGUGCCCCGCAUGGCCAUGACAGUGGGAAUCCAGACCAUCAUGGAUUCACGCGAAGUUGUGAUCGUCGCUACUGGCGCACACAAGUCCUUCGCCCUUCAAAAGGGCCUAGAAGAAGGCGUGAACCACAUGUGGACCCUGUCUGCACUGCAACUGCACCAGCACCCACUGGUCGUAUGUGACCGCGACGCCACCCUGGAACUUAAAGUCAAGACCGUACGGUAUUUCGAAUCAAUCGAACAAGCCGGUACCGAUGCCCGCACCCAGGGCCCGGCUCUCGUCUAUCGGCCCCGGACCUACGUCCCGGCCCCACUGCCCAGUAAGAAAUCCGCCUCACAGCAACCCACCCCGGAUGGGACCCCGGAGAAGGUGCCCAAGGACCUGCGCAUCAACACCGAGCUGCACCGCGCCAUGGAUGAUGAUGAGCUCACUCCUGACAGCAUGUCCUCGCGUCUGGUUGAUUCAGCUAUUGGCAUUGAUGGCACUCUCAAGAGUGACCUGAUGUUCGACCGCAUGGGUACUAGAAUGACUACCCUCUAG